AUGUCUGCCAGAGCUGUGGCGCCAGCCGUCGCGGCGGCGGCAAAGACCGUGACGAAGACGUCCUCGGGGGUGAUCUCCAGGGAGAUGAGCGGGAUAGUCGUCUCGGCGGGGCUGGCACGGAACACGGUCAAGGUGCAAGUAGCAAAGGAGGACUGGAACAAGAAAGUAAAAAAGAAUUUCCAACACUUCGAGCGCCACCUGGUCCACGACCCAAAUGACUCGCUACGGAAGGGGGACAUCGUGAGCAUAAGCUCGGGCUGGCGGACGUCCAAGACGAAGCGGCACGUGGUCAACCGAAUAAUAGCGCCCUGGGGCCCACCCAUCGACGAGAGGCCCCCCGUGCCGACGCCCACCGAGAGGGAGGCCGCGCACGCCGCCGACCGGGCCAAGAAGGUGGCGCGCAAGCAGCUCAGGCAGCGCGCCGAGGCCAUGGAGAGGGCCGUCGCCAAGGCCCAGAGGGCGACGGCGGAGAUCGCGCGCCUGGGAGGGGAGCUUGGCUACCGCGCGUCGUAA